GGAGGUAAAGGGCAGCGCGGAGUUGAAAGUCUACUCGGAAAAACAAAAAGAAAAAAACCAGUCUUCACUUCGAGACGACUCGACGAGAAGUCGAGUUGCCUCAGUUGUCGUUUGCUACUUGUGGAGAGAGGACGUGUAGUAGUGGCUUGUCGUGCUAUCUUAUGACUAUGAAAUCGCGAGGAUAUACGGUUGUGUAUGUGUAGUUAGUGUAGAAGUGACAUUCCGGGAUUAUAUACGACGAUCAAAAUGGUGUUAAGGGAUGUCCAUAAAGUGCUGUGGUGGUUGUUGGCUGUAUAUUCGUCCACCGUUUUCGCAGAAUUGUGUGAUGUCACAACUGGACAGGCUGUCGUCAUCCUGGACAUAACUGAGAGCGACGGAUCACAAGUCGACCAGUUGACCUCCCCCUCGGAGUUGCCCAUCGAGGGGCAGAUCGGCGUAGACACCGACCUGGAGAUCUCCUCGGAAGGGAAGGAAUACUUCACCCUGAAUGAGGGCAGACUUCAGCUCGUCCAGGCCCUCGACAGAGAUGCCAAUGAUCUCUCCACUUUGAGUUUCCAGUUGUCGUGUUCCAUCAAAAGCUCAGGUGAGGUGAGGAACAUACCUGUGAUCGUGCGAAUAACGGACAUUAAUGACAACAAGCCCGUAUUUUCCGGGUUACCCUACUCCAUCACCAUUCCAGAGAUAACGCCAGUAGGAACGACGGUCUUCAAAAACGUGUUGGCAGAUGACAUUGAUGCAGGUGUAAAUGGCCAGGUAGAUUACAGCAUCAUACCAGGUAACACGAAUCCGGAGAGCGAUGGGUACGGCUUCUUCGGCAUCACUCUCCCUCACCAAGGCCUCGUCAGCAUCAACAGAUCCCUUGACUAUGAGAGAACACCUGUCUACUACGUCACCAUCCAAGCUAUGGACCGAGCGGCAACAGCGGGACAGCGGCUCAGCAGCACUGCCACGCUCACGGUGAAUGUCGCGGACAGCGACGAUCAAGAUCCCGUCUUUGAGUAUGCAUCUUGCGCUCGCGUGGGCACCAUUUGCGCUAACCCUGAGUACCAUACGUCCGUCACCUCAGGAGAAGUUUCUGGUGUUCUUGGAAUUCAGCCCGAGAGAAUUCAUGCAAUGGAUUUGGAUUCUUUGGCAUCUCCUAUAAGAUAUUCCUUCAUGUCAGGACGUCCAGCAACUUAUGAUCGAUACUUUGCAAUAAAUACUAGAACUGGAGCAGUUACGCAUAUCGCAGCGAUUGACAGAGCUGUCACCAAAAAAUUUGAAAUUGUCUUGAAGGCUGAAGAAGAAAGUGAAGCAAAGAGAUUUGCAACUGCCAAGUUGAUCAUAGAUGUAAUGAGUGUUGACUCCUCCCCACCUAUGGUCACUGCCACCUCCUAUACUGGGAAUGUUGAUGAAAAUGCAGCUCCUGGAACACCAGUAUAUGAUGACUAUCCUGAUCCUCGGCCCAUUAUGCUGACUGUGUCAGACCCUGAUCUUAUGGAGACUGAUGAUAAACCAGUUUAUUCUUGGGAAUUGACUACAACAGCUUUCCGUGUGGCACCAGAUGGGCGACUAGUUGUUGCAGAGAGCAGCCUUGAUAGAGAUCCUCCUAAUCCUGGAUUAUAUACUUUUCAGAUAGUGGCACGAGAGACCAAAGGCAAUAAGGCUGCUAGUGCACCUAUCACUCUCACUGUUGUAUUGAAUGAUGUCAAUGACAAUGAACCAAGACUACCUGUAUAUCCACCAAUAUCUGUUCAAGCUGGUUCAGCCUUCAGGAAUAUUGCUAAGAUUACUGCUAAGGACAAUGAUGCUGGAAAAAAUGCCGAGAUUGAAUACAGUAUCUACCAAGUUUCCAAGAAUGGGAAGGACAAGUUCACUAUUAAUGGCACUACUGGUGAAUUGGCCCUUGUUGGUGAAGUAGAUGCAGGAGCACAGUAUUCAGUUACAGUCAGGGCUACUGAUAAAGGAGGAUUGUAUAGUCAAAGUAUUAUUGAUGUCAUAGUUAACAGAGGACCGAACAAAGGAGGCCCAGUAUUCACUCUUCCUCGUUACUCUGCAUCCGUUAGUGAAGGAACCCCACCGAAUUCUGUUAUUUUAACUUUGUCGGCCAUAGACCCAGAAGGAGAUCAAUCUCGUUUCUCAUUAGUUAAUGGCAAUGAACUCCGCCACUUUGAUAUUGGAGAAACUUCAGGGAUGCUCCGUCUAAUUGAUAAGUUAGACAGAGAAAGUUUAGAUGCAUACUCAUUGGUUGUGAAAGCAGAAGAUCCAGAAGGCUUGGCAAACACAGCUACAGUUAGUAUAACAGUGGGAGAUAUCAAUGACCAAACCCCAGAAUUUUUAGGUCUUCCCUAUUCCUUUAGAGUGAAUGAAGGCCAAGAAAAUGCUGUGGUUGGUACUGUAAAGGCUGAGGAUGGUGACGAGGGAAUACGGGGUGAAGUUUUCUAUUAUGUUCCUGAAGAUUCUCCAUUCACUAUUGCAAGUGAUACAGGGGAAAUAAGAACUAAGCAGGCUCUUAACUAUGAGAAGGAGCAGGUACACUAUUUAGUUGUAACAGCUAAAGACGGUGCAACUGAUCCUCACAUAGCUACAGCUACAGUAACUGUUCUUGUGAGUGAUGUUGGAGAUGAACCACCAGUCUUUUCUCAACAAGUCUACGAAGCCUCUGUUGCUGAAAAUUUACCUGAUGCACUGCUAGCCAUAGUGUCUGCAACUGAUCCAGAUACUAUACCAGAGAUAACUUAUGUUUUGGUGAAUGGUAGUUCCCUGUUGUUCAAUAUAGAUCCAGAGAGUGGCCGUGUUACUACAGCCCGUGGAUUGGACUAUGAAGUACAGUCACAGCACACUAUCGUCAUUGGAACCCUUGAAAAUCCAAGUGGUGGUCCUCAGGCAACUUGUUCUGUUCUAGUAACAGUAGAAGAUGUUAAUGACAACCCUCCAGUAUUCAACGAUCAGUUACUCUCUUUUACAAUACCUGAGGCAAAACCACCUGGGUCAUUAAUUGCUACUGUCACUGCUGUAGAUAGUGAUGGUACCAAGCCUAACAAUAUGGUCGAGUAUGAAUUGACUGGUUUCGAUAAUGCACUUGAGUAUUUUGAAGUUAAUAAAGAAUCAGGUGAUAUCACCAUAAAAGCUGAUCUCCAAACUGAACCAGAAUCUGAUUUCACACUACAAUUAGUAGCACGAGAUGGUGGUGAACCGCAGCUUGAAACUACAUCAACAGUUUCAGUAUUCGUUGAACGUCCAAUUCCAGAAGAAACAAGUGAAGAGUUAUAUGCUUCAUUUUCCAGUGAUAAAUUCACUGCUGCAGUUUCUGAAGAGCUGGAAGUAGGCAUGCUUGUUAAAAAAUUGACAGUCCUCAACAAGCCAGAUAUUCAGAGACACCUACGCUGUGAAAUCACAGAAGGCAAUGACUUAGGAAUAUUUGAAAUGGAUGUCACUGCUGAGAGGCAUUGUGCUAUAAAGCUUAAAACGCCUCUUGAUUAUGAGUCCAGAAGCAACUAUUCUUUGACUGUUUUGUUAAAGUCCCCAUCAGCCCCAUCAAAUAUAACAAAUAGAAUUGCGAAGGUAGAUAUCAGUGUGACAGAUGAAAAUGACAACAAGCCAGAAAUAUUUGCUGAUUCCCCAUACAAUAAUCGUACUCAUGGAUAUUUUGCCUUUAUAUCUGAGGAUUCUCCUGUUAAUACACAAGUAAUAAGGUUCAAGGCAGAGGACAAGGACUCUUUCAGUAACACGAUUCACUAUGAACUGGUUCCAGAGAGUAAUCGUGGACGCUAUUUUCGAAUUGAUUCUACCGGUCGCAUCAAAACAGAUCGGGAACUAUCGGGAGUACCCUCAGAGCUGCUUCCAUUCAAUUUGACUGUUAUAGCCAAGGAUAGCCCUCACAACAGCUCUUCUGUCUCACUCACUACCUCAGCCUCAGUUACUGUUAAUGUGGUUGGAGAAAAUCAUCACAUAGUGUUAGUCAUUGAUGAAUCUCCUGAAAAAGUAAAAGGCAGACAAGAAGAUCUUGCAAAAGUUAUUCAGGAAGAUUCAAAUCAUAUCAUUAAGAUUGAGAGAAUAGAACCACGCAAAUAUAUUGGAAAUGGGACCAUUGAGAGGGAUGAUGGAGCAACAGAUGUAUGGUUCAUUGCGGCUGAUUCCAACUCUGGUCGGUUAAUAGACUGGAAACAAUCAGAUUUAGGGGAACUCUUCAGUAAUAGUUCUAGUGAGAGUACAAGUGUUGUGAAUCUAAUAAAUGAAAAGCUCGGUCUCCAAGCAACAGAUAUUCGAUCUCCAGUUUUGCUCCAGCCUGUAGUGGAAACAGUUGCUCCUCCAGUCAGAGAUGUAGUCACUUUAGAAGCUUUUCAAAUAGCACUCAUUGUCCUUGCUGGCUUCAUUGUGGUUUUAGGAAUCACUGGCAUUUGUUACAUUUGCUUCCAGUGGAAAAGGUAUGUCAGACAUCGAGAUGAGGCUAGCAAAGCUGUGGUGGUAGUAGCUCCACCUUAUGAAAGAGUGGGAUCUAUCAUAGAACCAGCAGCAAAGGAAUAUGAAGUGCAGGUUCUUCAUAUGAGUGUUCCUAUGGAUGAUGACUCUGUACAAGAUUUACCAAUAGAUAUACGUCCUUCACAUCAUUUUUCAAUGGAUAAUGUGUCAUAUAUAACAAAACAACAAUUGAGUGAGGAUGAGAGUAGUAAUAGCAGCAGAGAUUUGGACAUGGACUUAGGAAGGUCUCAUCACCCUCAUGAUGAGCCUGUCGGAAUUGACUGGGAUAGUCCUCCUCCUGGACAACGGCAUUUGCAGCACAUGGCUGCCAUGGCAGCUUCAUCUCCUUCCGGAAGGAAUCCAGCUUAUGAGCACUUUGCUGAUGACGAUGAUGGAGGUGAUGGUCCAAUUAGUGUAAGCGCAACAAAUGAAAAUGUAAUGUUUGGUCGUCGUGGUAUUUUGGAUCCUUCUCCUGUACAAACAACUACAGAACUUUAGAGAAUAAGAGAACUUUAAAAAUAUGCACAUAUGUUACAAUUGACUAAAUAUUAUAGAACAUUUCUCCACAGAACCACAGAACAUUAUUAAAUAUGUAUUGAGUUUUUAUUAGAAAAUUCUAUAUUUACGUAUAGCAUUUAUAAAGAAUUCUUACCUUAAUCAUAGCUUUUACCACUGUAAUUGUAGUACUCAAAAUAUGUAUCAAUUUGUUAUUUUUACAGUAUUAUAGCUCUUGUGUCAUGAAAAAUGCCAUCUAUUUAAUUAGACAACUUAAGAAUGCCCCAGUGGCCAUACGUAUGGCAACUUGUUUCCUUUAAACAAGACAAAAUUUUCAUUCUCAAGUAAGGACAAGCUUUAAAACAUAGUUAGAAUUAUCAGUCCUGACUUUUUCCUUUUCUAUUGUCAGUAUGAUACAACAAGCUGCACUGUAACAACAUUAAUCCUUAUUCAAGUAACUGAGUUGUAAAAAAACUUAAAAAUGAUUAAGCUAGUUUGCUGAAAACUGAGGUGAUAAAUUGUUUUAGCUUUAUAACUAACUCAAGGAUGUGCCUUGGGGAAAUAUUACUUCUAAAGCUGGUGAGAACCCUGGAAAAAAACUAGCCUUCAUUUGCCAUGCAGCCAUAUUCAGGUAGGUAAGUCUUAGUAUACAUUCCUGAUUUUUCUUAUAAAUCCUUAUUGCCAGCAGCUCAAUGUGCUCAGUUACCAUCAUGAUUGUGUGCUAAUAGGUUUGUGUUAAGGGAGAAAGGCGACUACCAUCUUUAAAACAAUCAUUACCAUAUCUCUUUGAGACUUAUUCCCCUGAAAUAAGGGGCACUAUAUUUAUGUACAUAAUUAUUAUUUUAUCAUUACUUUUUCAUAACUAUAAUGAAAUAAUAAAUUCUAAUGUAAAAUAAUUGAUAGUAUACGUACUGUAUAUGCAUUUAAUUACUUUGUAAAUAAUACCCAUGGUAGAUAGAAAAAAAUUAACAUCAUAGGAAGCUGCUAAGUUUACAUGAUGUGAGGAACUACAGUUUGCAACAAUAUUUGUUUAAUUAUGAAAUUUUUUGUAAAUAUUCAAGAGGGGACUCAAUUCUUUUCUGUUUUGCUAACCCUUUCAGUGGCUGGUGGCAUAGGUGCUGUCUUGUAAUGUAAGAUUUGAGUGGCAGCAGGUAGGCUAGUUGGAUUUUCAAGUCAUAUGGUUUUCAGUUAUUUUGUAUGUACAGUAUAAUUAAUUUUCUUGCUAGAAUUUAUUUAAAAGUUGUGAAAUACAUAUUUAAACUUUUUCUACAAAGCAUCAUAAUUUUAUUUUUUAGAAAGUAAAUCAAAGAAAUGAAUGUUUUGGAAUGCAUACUUUACAAAGCUUAAGUUGAAGAGUGUUGGUAGGUUGGUGAAUAUGAACCAGGUGGCAGAUAUAGCUAUCCUGUUACCAACCUUGCAUGAAAGGGUUAACAUUUCUCUUUCCAUUACAUUUGUUUGUACAGAAGUAAAUUCUGUGAUCCAGCUAUCAUAUUUUGUGCUUAUCAUUUAUGUGAUAUGUAGCAGCAGUAAUGAGGUUAAUCGUUUAGAAAACUCUCUGCCAAUUCAUUGUAAUGACGUAGAUAUGCCAUUGAAAGUUUUGACUUUUUACCAAAGCAGUUUUAGUUUGGGAAUCUUGUAUUUACAUAUUUGUAAAUAUUUUUUUAAUUUAUGCUACUCAUUUUGUCAUAUUGAUCUUAAUUUGUAUGUACGUAGUGUGACAGUUUUGAGGUUAUGUGACAUAAACUAUACGUAGUUUUAACCAUCAGCAUUAUUGCACUAAAAAUGAGCUCAUCUACCUUUAUUUAGUAGUAUAUAUACCAGGUGCUUUCAUAUUUCCUGGCAAAUGCUCUUUAUGGCCUUGCAAUUAUGCUGAAAAGUUGUAGAAAAUUUUACAUAACAGGAAUGUAGAGUAUUUUGCAAGGAUUUUGUAGUACAUUUUCAAGUGUAUUGCAUGUAAAAUAUUGUAAUGUCCUUUUGUUAAUAUGUACUGUAUUUGUAUAUUCUAUUACUCUAACACGGUGUGCCAUUAAUAUUUUCACAUUUUGUAUAGCACAUCAUUCCAAACUGUUUAUAUUGUUCAUUUUUUUAAUAAAAGACAAAAUAAGA